CGAAGAGCGCUGCAGGUUUCGAGCAUUCGUUCUACGCCGCAAGACUCCCGCUGCCAACGCCGAAGCCUGAUUUCAUUUCUCUUGGAUUUUAUUUGCCGCCUGACCGAUUGGUUAUAUCCUCCUUGCAUACCAUUUACGGGAAUCCCCACGGUCCAUUGAGACCGGAGGUCCGGCAUCGACGAUGCCGCUGGGAAUCCACAAUCCGCUGCCCUCGUCUAUGAGGAGCGAAUGCAGGAAAGCUGGCAAGAUCCUAGCUUCAUUUGUCGAUCCCCGCCAGGCGUUCGGGCCAGAUAAGAUCAUUCCGCCACAAAUCUUAGCAAAUGCAAAGGGCCUCGCGAUCAUAACUGUCUUGAAAGCGGGGUUCAUAGGCUCCGGCCGAUUCGGCUCUGGUGUGGUGGUUGCACGCCUUUCUGAUGGCAGUUGGUCUGCUCCUUCUGCAAUCGCAACUGCCGGAGCAGGUGUUGGUGGCCAGAUCGGGUUUGAAUUGACAGAUUUCGUUUUUAUCCUCAACGAUUACGCCGCUGUACGCACCUUUUCCCAACUCGGAUCGAUCACACUCGGAGGCAACGUUUCGAUUGCCGCAGGGCCCAUUGGUAGGAAUGCAGAAGCAGCAGGAGCAGCCAGCGCCAAAGGCGUAGCUGGCAUAUUUUCUUAUUCAAAAACAAAGGGCUUGUUCGCCGGUGUGAGUCUGGAAGGAAGUGUCUUGGUUGAGCGGAGAGAUGCCAACUCGAAGCUCUAUAAUGCCAGGGUAACUGCGAGUCAAUUGCUUGGAGGAAGCAUACCCCCUCCCCCAGGCGCAGAACCUCUUAUGAGAGUCCUGCAGUCUCGAGCAUUUUCUGGCGCAAAUGCAUAUUCCGACACAAUGUAUAAUGAUAUCCCCGUUUAUGAAGAUCGCAAUGACGACGUCGUCUGGGAAGGAAGAAGAGGCGACGCCUUUGGUGAAGGUAUCCCUCGUAAUCGAUCAGCGUCCAUGAACGAUGAAUAUGAAUAUCAUGACAGACCAGCAAGGGCAAAUACAUGGGCUGAUGAGGUUUACGAUCGCCAGCCUACUGGACGCCUAGGCCGAACCUACAGCACCAUGGCUGGCCCAAAUGACCAUUUCUCCAGUCGCGGUCGCAGUUUUACUGCGGGUCCCUACGGGGGUGAUUAUGUGUACCGCGACAAGAAGCCAGCCCGCCCAACAGCACCGAAACCCGUGUUUGGGAAUAAGCCAUCCCAGCGUGCUCUCCAAAAGAAUCAGGCCAUCGCUUUGUUUACGUUUGAUCCCGAUCAAGAAGGGGACUUGGGAUUUAAAAAAGGGGACGUCAUCACGAUUUUGAAGCGAACGGAUAAAAAGGAGGAUUGGUGGACUGGAAGGAUAGGAGAUAGAACUGGGGUCUUCCCAAGCAAUUAUGUGGAUGUCAUGGAUUAAGUGGCAGCUUCUCGUGCUGCCUUCGCCAAUUAUCGCGCCUGCCUCGGCCUACAGCGUCGGAGUUCGAGAGAAGAUGGGUAUAUUCAUGAGCAAUGAAAUUUCCGGGAUCAUAUUCGUUUGAUAUUCGAUGCGGGACAUUAACUCACACCAUUUCGCUUCUCAUCUCGAUGCAUCUUUCAUCUUGGAAAGCUUGGCGUUACUUAUUCUAUUCUACUUUCCCAUCUAUUACUCUUGAUGUAACUAGCUGCUUUUUUUUGUAUCUGCUGAUGAUUCUCUGUAUUUCAUAACAAAUUGGCUCUCUGUAUUUAAGAGUUGGUUAAGUAGCAUAUGGGCUUGUUUCGCAGAA